GAAGCAAGUGGUGUUUCUAAUCGCAAAAUUUCGUUAGAAAAAAUUAAUUGUAUUUCAUUCAAAUCGCACCAUGACCAACGUGACGGUGGUGUUCGAGUACGAGGAACCGGAAUACUGUCGGCUCUGCCUGUCGGAAGCAACAAAGUACAACGAAUUGACGACGAUCGGAGAAGCUUCCACCGACGUUGAGAAGGGCAUCACCACCGUCAUUCGGGAGCUACUGAAAAUUGAACUUGAUCCAGCAAAGGAUAAGGAUGCGUUCAUUUGUUCCACGUGCGUGGAGAGUUUGGAGGAAUUUCACCGAUAUAAAUCCCGCUGCCAACAGAAUAACGAAGCACUGGAGAAGAAAGCCAACGACCGGAAGGAAAGGCAAAUCGAACUGGCCAAGAGUGCAAUAGAGAAUACCAACGUGCUGGAUCAGGUGAAGGAUGGCGAACCGAUUAAGGUGGUUAUCCGCAUGAAUGCUGAGGGGAAGGCUUCCGUGCGGCUACAAGUUCAGUCGAAACAGCCGGUUAAGAGCGCUGAAACCAGCAACACGCAGCCCACUCUUCCAGUGACACAGACAAUCGCCAGAAAAUUGAUUCGGCUACCGAAGCAGGAAUACUACUUCUACAAGACACUGAGCUCCAACUGUGGCCUGAUCUACGGGGGAUAUCGAUACUGUGCAUCGGUUCCCCGGAAGAAUGGUACCCAUUGGAUCUGUGAACAGCGAAGGAGCCACGAGUGUCUCACGCUACUCUACGUAGAUAAAUCGUACAAUGCGUUUUAUCUGCAUUCCGGCCACAACCAUGAGCCACCCCUACUGAGACCGAAUCUUCACAUAUACAAAGCCAAUGAUGUCCUAGCCAAAGUUAUCGAGAAGGAAGAGCAAAUUCGGACGAUACGGUCGACCAAGAAGGAAAGUGAGCAAAGUCAUCGGGAAUGUUCGGAUAAAGAACUGGUGGAGGCCUUAUCGUCGACGGAAAUGCAAAUUAAAGACGAAUCGGACACAGAGUCAGACAGCGAUGAAGAGGACGAGGAAUUCGACUCCCGUGAUGAAUUAUCCGAUCUGUCGGAUUCCCAAAUGGUGAGCGUGGAAAUGUUACCAGAUGAAGUGAAGCAGGAGCCAGAUUCGAAAGCCGAUCCAACCCCAGCCGCGUCAUCGCACGUUAAAAUAGACGCCGGAGAAAACACAUACAUUAUUCAGGAGUUAACAUAAGUUCGAAUGUUGAAUAAACGGUCACAAAUCGCUACAGCUUACAGCUUUUACAUUCAA